GAAUUAUAAAAAUAAUUACUUUGAUGACAAUACAUUGUAGUAGACAAUGGUGGCCACCGCAAGAAAGUUUCUUCGGAGCAGUUAAUUUUAUUCUUUUCUUUUGUCUUAGUGGUUCUACUCUCUUCCAUUUUAUCAGUGCUAUUUAUGAAGGGCCUGGAUUUCUUUCACUGAAAUGGAUGCCGGUGGUCGUUGUGUCAUGAAAAUGGAUCAUCAUUGUCCAUGGAUAAAUAAUUGUGUAGGACAUUACAAUCACUGUCACUUUACAGCAUUUCUUGCAAGUGCAGUUGGUGGAUGUUGUGUUUCCACAUUUACAUUAGUUUCUUGGGUGAUGACUGUAUUAUCGUUGAAACCAUUAUCUUUUCCACCACCUUCUAUAUUUAUUCUGAUAUUAGUCAUUUUUAGUAUUGGUUUAUCAAUUGGUGUUAUUCUUGCUGUUGGAACAUUGCUUUAUUUCCAACUAUUAUCUAUAAUUAAAAACAGGACAGAAAUAGAAGCUUGGAUUUCAGAGAAGGCUCAUUAUCGAAGAUUUGGAACUAGAGACAAAUUUAUUUAUCCAUAUUCAAAAGGAUGGCGUUUUAACUUACAGCAAGUUCUCACAUGGGAUUGUACGCCAGUGGGUGAUGGAAUUCACUGGCCUGUGAGUGAAGGUUGUGACCAGUAUACCUUAACGCGGGAACAAUUAGCUCAGAAAAAAGAUAAACGAAAGAGAGCUAAGACUUACAGAGUUAUAGAAGAAGCAUACGAAUCAUAUUUACCAUUGAAACACGGUUGGGGCGUGCUUUGUCAUCCACCUUGCACCGAUGAACCACGCAUUAAACUUAAAGUUGGAGAUAUUGUAAUCGUAACACGAUGGAGAAAAUAUUGGUUAUUUGGAGAGAAGAAGCAAAAUGAUGAAAACGAGAAGCAAGUACGAACUCGGGGUUGGUUCCCACGACCUUGCGCCAUUGAAGUGAUUGAAAACGAAGCGUACUCCUCCGCCUUAACAAAAUCAGAU